CCAUCACAUGACAGUCAGAGCGUAGUAGGUUUUUCUCUGUGCAGUUGUUCGUCAUAUGAUUAAAAGGCUGGCAGAAAAAUGAAAAUGUUGCAAAACGUACUCGUUUUUUCACUUUGUAUAGCAGCAAUUCAUGCCGCUGGCGAGUUCACCGUGCUGAACAGCCCCAAGGCGAUUAGCUUCAAGGGCACUGAUCCUCUGAACAGUCGCGAUGUCGGCGAUGUUUUAUAUGCUGCCAUGGGUAAUGCCGUCGUUGGCGAUUCUGAUUGGAGUGGCCUAACUAUCAACGAUCCUUUCAACCUGGCCAAGGGCGUGAUUGCCGUGCAUGUGGAGGGUCUUAGCCAUGUGACAACGGCUGGCAAAUCGAAAACCUAUGAACUGGUUGGACCAAAUACUGGACAUUCGCUCAAUGCACUGGCCGCCGAACUGGAGGCAGCCAAUGAACCAGUCUGCGAUAUUAACUUCGACCAAUACGAUGAGGGUGUGCAAGCAUUCAAGGCUUGCUUUGGUGAAUUUGACUCGCCCGCUGCUAAGCCCACCAAACACCUGAAUCCCACGUUGCACAACGCUGAUAAGCAGUUCUUGCAGGAAAUCGGUUUCAUUAAUGCCGCCUCCGAAAAUUUAGCCGAGAUGCUGAAACCGUCCAACGUUUUGAUCAUUCGCCUGUCCGUCGAUGGCAUCGCCAAGGCGCAUGGAGAGAAGUCCGUUGCUGUGGAUGAGGCUAACAAGCUGAUCUCAGCUGCCGUUAGCCGUCUUCUGGCUGCCGCACAAAAGUCCAGUGAUUCUGUGCUCUUUGUUCUAUCCACAGACAAGGAUGUCAAUUCUCGUUACAAGCGUGAGGUUGUCGCAGCCGAUGACACUAACAAGUACAAUUUCGCCAUCUACUACAACGAAGACUAUCCAGUUAUUUUCAACAUUAUCCUGUGGUUCAUGGUCGUCUUCGGUCUGUCACUUUUGGCUAUCUGCUACGCCAUCGGCUCUAUGGAUCCCGGCAGGGACUCAAUCAUCUACCGCAUGACUUCCACAAGAAUGAAGAAGGACAACUAAGCGCUAGUUUUGCAUAUGCCAAACAGUGUUUAAAACCUUCCACAUCGUUUGUUAUUUCGCCCCAUUUAUGUUGCGAAAAAGUCAACUCAAAACUAAAAAAGCCUAUACUGUUCUUAUUUCAAUUCUAUAGCGGACAAAUUGUGUGUAUGCGUGUGUGGAACAGUGUGUAGUUGGCUUUGUGUGUACCACCCAUAAGCUAUACAUAAAACAAUAAGUAUUAAAACUUAUUACUUUUAAAUGCAGUUCAGUAAUUCCAUUAUCAACUAUAAUUAUUUGUUAUAUAUUUUUUUCUGUUUGUUGUACUUUUUAGGUUAACAAAUUAUCGAAACAGUCAUUUCUUUAUUC